GGUCAGAAGUAAAGCAGUCAUGGCGGCGCUGUGUCUGACCCGUGCUGUGGCUGCCGAGAGACAUUUUCCGCGAAUGUUUCUCUUCUUUAGGCCCUUUCGGGGCGUAGGGACUGACAGCGGAUCCGAAAGUGGGAGCUCCGAUGUCACGGAGCCUAAGACGCGCCUAGGCGGCUUCGCAAGCGCUUUGGAGCGGCACUUGGAUGUACUGCAGAAGGCGGAGCCCCGGCAGGGCUCUCCAAAAAAUGUGGAAUCCUUCGCAUCUAUGCUGAGGCAUUCUCCUCUUACACAGAUGGGACCUGCUAAGGAUAAACUGGUCAUUGGACGGAUCUUUCAUAUCGUGGAGAAUGAUCUUUACAUAGAUUUUGGUGGAAAAUUUCAUUGUGUAUGUAGAAGACCAGAAGUGGAUGGAGAAGCACUCCAACCAUUGUUCAAUGGAAGACUCAAAAGAAGCCCUGUGACUCUGGAGCUCACAUCUGAGUAAGACAGUUUCGAAGGAGAGGGAAGAGAAGUUAGAUAAAGAUGAAAAUUCGGAAGUGAAGUCAGGUGAGAGUUUGGGGCAACAUGCCUGUCUGGUGUGUUCUAGAGACGCCAGCAAGUCCUAUCACAAAAACCUCCAAUUAAGCCUCAAAGCACGACAAAUUUCCCUCUUAUCCAGAGAGAAUAUUAUAUCUUUCUAAAGAGGCGGCAUAUGGAAGCUGCUGGGAAGGCCUUCCAGUGCAAUUAAAAGGCAGAUAGAUCAGAGAACGCAGGGCUCCUGAAGCUGUCUGAUCUCUUGCCUGUGAUUUGUCUCAAGUGCAACUGACAGCCCCAACUAGCAAUUACAAUGCAGAGACUGGUAUAGCUGGAGACUGGUCCAACAGAGAGGGAAGACUUGACCAUUUACAUGCAGUUAAUUAUUAAGGGCUGUCAGAUGUCAGAAUGGGAAUUGGUAAUAUUGUGGUUAAACGCCCACCACAUGUCUAAUUUGAGUUGUGCCCACUACCUCCAGCACCAGUUCAAAUUAAGUCUACAUUAAUGUCUGAUGACUCACAGCUGUGCAGCAUGCAACUCCUUGUACUCCGGGGGGGUGGGGGGGUGGGAAGGGGAAUUUGCAUACCAGUUAGUGCCAGAUAAUGAUUAUGAAAGAUGUGCACUUCUCUUUGUUGGAAUAAGUACCAUAUCAGCCAAAGCGAUCAUUACUGUUUUAAAGCCAUUUCAUGCUUAAGAAAAUGUUGAUCUGUAAAUUAGCUUCUUAGUGCAAUGAAUUUACUUUAAGAAAGGCAGUUCCAGGUGAAACAAUUUGCAUGUUGUCAAUGGCUGCCAAAUAAGCCCCAUAGAGAUCAGAAUAUGGCCAAAAGAGAAUUGAAAUAAAACCUGUCUCUAUAAUAAUUCUCUUUUAAGCUUGAUGGGAGUUUAUGUUUUGGGCUGCCAAAAUGCUCUUUUUUUUUUGGAUGAUGAUUAUUUUGAAUAUGGUGCACCGAGUGGGCCCUGGAGCUGUGGCCAUGGUGUCCACCUGCCUAGCAUUUGGUGAAGGGAGUUUUCUGGGGGUCUUCUACCAUGCCAAUGAUCUCACAGCAGGGUUCUACCCAUCCAGACAGGCAGAGAGCAGGUGUCACUCGACUCAGAGGUGCACUCUGAUGGUGGCCAGGGACUUCGGAAGCUUUGAGAGCAAUGGCUGAUUUCCAGCAAUCCAGAGGGCUGUAUGGGGAACCCCUCAUGCAGAAAUAUUUUGGGGUCCUGGGCAAACAUAUGGUUUUGUGAUAUGUGGUAAGCGGAGGGGAAUGGAAAUUGGUGGUGGGAGCCAGGUGGGCAUAUUGGCAUUCCAUGCUCUUGGCCAUUCCAUGGGCUGGCUUGCAAGAAACUCCACACUAAGGGAGCUGGUGUUAGGCAUUAUUUCUUAUGAAAAAAUAAGUACUUCUGAGAAGACCAAAACAGGAAUCUUUUGUUUAUAAAACAGAUGGUAUAGACUGUCCUUUAAUCAGAAAUCAUACCAUUUUGCCCUUUAUAAACAAAUUGAUAAGAAAUCAUUUCAAAAACCAAGUCAGAGCUUAAAAACUCAUAUUCAUUCUUGGUACUAGAGGUGUUUUGUUUUCUUUUACUUAGCUAAAAAUAAACAUAUGUUUAAUAACAGACAGCUGAAGGAAAAAUAGGACUUUGAUAAGGUUUAAGCAUUUUCAGUCAUGACCAAGGAAGCAUUUAGAAAACACAAAAGGAUGUGAAUGUGUCACAUGCUUGGGUUUCAUGCUAAACAGACAGCAGGAGCUAUGGAAUGGAGACCUCACUUGGGGCCAAGAGACUAUCUGUUUCCAUUGAAGUUCCUAAAAAAACCCUUUGUGGGGAGGCGGCCUCCAAGUGGGAGCAGAGGGCCAAGUGCAGGCCUCAGCUUGGGCACUCUGGUUAGUGUUCCGUUUUUGUCCUCCAAGUGGGUGAUUAGAAAGCCCAAACAUAAUGAUCUGUUAUGGACAGAGAUCACAGUGCCUGCAGUUUCCAGAAGCUGCUGCUGACAUGGUCUUGACAAGAGCACCAGUUCAGGGGUCACUUGAGUUGGAGCUAUGGGCUUGGCGCCGUGAGAAAACUUCAGUACUGGGGACUGUUGGGCAUCACAGAGUGUGAAGUUGCUUUCUUUCUUCAGGUGUUUUGUCUGAGCUAGACUACUGCUUCUCUCUGCUCAUCACUUAUUUAAAGUAGAGUUAUUUCCUGCUGGUACCCAGAGACUUGGUCACGACUAUUGAAACCAUAAUGCUUCCUAAAUAAUAACUGGGCAUACUGACUGUACAGUAAUAAUUCUGCCAUUCAAGGCCCAUCUGAAACCAACAAGUAUGCGGUAUGCCUGCAAUGCUUGUGUGAUAGGACACCUGUUUGCAAGCUCACUUUUCUUUUUAGUCUAUUCCUCUGAUUUCCUGUUUUCAGAAACAACCAAUAGCCUGCCCUUCUGCUUUGUUAGCAAGUUCUCUAUCUUUCAAAACUGUAAGUGUGAUGAGUUGUUUUAGAUUUAAUACCACACUUCUUAAAGGGCCUGACUUCCUGGGUGGUAGAUGCAGUAGAAAGACUAGGAUAGAAAUCACAUUUGUGUCCUUAUGUCUACUGGUCCUAUGAAAACUGGUACCCAGGAAAAAGGAUCAAUAUUUAUCCCAAGAUGAUACAAGUUGAUACAUUUUUACUAAAUUAAAAGGCAGCCUGAAGGAGCCACAGAACAUUCCAGUCAGUUUUGCUCUGCUGCUAGAUAUGGUGCCUUGCCUGGGAGUGAACUAGUUCCCCAGUCCUGAAGAAUGAAGUCCACUGGGGUGCUGACGGGGUGACGUUCUCAGUUGGGAGGGAUGGACGGAAGUUGCCAAGCUUGGCCCAGCCUUACCAUUUCCUUCUUUUCCAGCUGGCCGGCCUUGAGCAAGUUAUUUAGCUCUUUAGAAUCUCAGUAACUUGCUUUGCAAUGUCAGGGAAAUAAGAACACCCUCAUAAGUUUGUUAUGAAACGCCGUGACACAGUACACGUGGGCAUUAUCCUAGUAGCAGACACAUGGCAAUAACUUGACUGAUGUGCCUUUCUUUCCUCUGUCUUUCCCCCAUUACUUUGUAUCAUGGUUACCUUAAUGACAAUAUCUUUUCUUUUAGUUUGUAUACAGAGUUUUCAUAACAGUUUCAUGCAGAUGAUUAUUUUUGACAAUGUAGUUCUUACUUUUUUAGCUCUUACCAAAAGUGUCACCAAUGUGUUUGUAAUGUAACUAUCGGUUUUAUGUUUGUCUUCUUAGUAUGUAGCAGCUCUUUGAGGACAGGGCCCAUGCCUGCCUAGUUCAUUUCAGUAUUUUUGGUGCCUCCUGUUACCUGGCACAGAGGACACACUCAAAACCUUUGUUGGCAAAAUAAACGAAUUCUUACAAAAACCCAGACUCUCAUGGGGUAGGGGAGAGAGUCCCAUUGUAAACAUGGGUGCUUGAUGGACAAACAACAACAACAAACAAACAAAAACCCUCUAGCUGUCCAAUCUCCCAGGUCUUCUGAUUUCUGCUCUAAUAGCCAGUGAGGCUUGUUGCUUCUCAAUGGCAUUGGGUUUUCUCUGCCAUGGUCGUGUCCAAUACUUAGGUACCUGAGCUGGGGGUCAGUUUGGUUGAAAGGAUAGCAAGAACAAAUAGUGAAAAGUUCAUUAAACUACAAGCCUUAUAAUUUCUGCUUGGAAAACCUUGGGACAAAUUAACCAUGUGCCUUAAUUAUCAGCCUCAUCUGGGUCAUGUCUGCUCUAGGCUUCAACCCUGCUGAAUUCUCUUUCAUGUCAGGUUUUGUGUACAUGACAUUUCCUUUAUCUUUAUCCUUCAUUGACACACACUCCCUUCUCUGCCUGCCCGACUCCUGUGUAUUCUUCAGAGCUCAGCCCAGACGCCCCGCUCUGUACCACACACAUGUAGGUUAGAUCCAGUUUUAGGUGCUUCUGAAUUGUGUAUUUCACCCUUUAGCUAAAGUGUAUCAUGCUAUAUUGUAAUUUCCUUACUUAUCUAUGUUCUUCUCCAAGCCAUAAGCCUCCAAAGAGCAAGAAAUAGUUUUAUUUCAUAUGCUUAGGACCUGGAAGACUGCCUGGAAUGAAAUAUUUGGUGCUCAAAAAAUUUUGUCAAUGGAAAGUCUAAGGUAGAAGGAGAAAGUCCCAUGUAAAUUCCUCUCCCUCGCUGAUAACCACUUUAAUUUUUGGCAAGACAGAUGACAUCACCAACAUAAAGACAAUAUAACUGUGUGUGUCACACAGACAGUAUAGUGAUAUGAGGAUUAGAGAAAAUAUAUUAAAAUGAUGAAAGGCAACGGACUUUCAAUUUCAUUUGCAAGCUAAGCCAUUUACUUAUCUUCCCCACUAUGGAUUGGCUUUUUGAAAAUUAGAUCAAUGAAAUUGGUCUGAUCCCUCUGGAAUUUAUUAUUCACACACUAUUUGGAUUUUUUUUUAAUGCAGUUUUUAUCGUGUUUUU